AGCUGAUGAGGGAUCGGCAGGCCAGCAGGACUCCUGCCUGCCUGCCUGCCUGCCCUCGAUCAGGAGCUACCCCUAUCCACAGAUAGAGAAGGAAGCGGGUGGGUACAGCCUAGCCUAUUCCCGUAUUCUCCUCCAUUUUCACCGUGUGGAGAGAAAGAGGAGCGAGGCCUGAUUUUGUUUGUUUUUUCUGUCCGUGUUAUUUUUUUCCUUGUUGCUCUUCUCUACCUGGGAAGCUGAUAUUUACUGAGUGACACAAGAGCCUGUCGCCACUUCGCGCACCAUGGGGUCUGAUGACUCAUACAAUUUUGUCUUUAAAGUGGUUUUGAUAGGGGAGUCCGGCGUGGGAAAGAGCAACCUUCUGUCUCGCUUCACCAAAAAUGAGUUCAAUCACGACAGUCGCACAACCAUCGGUGUGGAGUUCAGCACGCGGACCGUGCAGCUGGACAACUACACCAUCAAAGCUCAAAUCUGGGACACAGCAGGGCUGGAGCGCUACAGGGCUAUCACCUCAGCGUAUUACAGGGGAGCGGUCGGGGCACUGUUGGUCUAUGACAUUAGCAAGCAUCUGACCUACGAGAGCGCAGAGCGAUGGCUGAAAGAGCUGUACGACCACGCAGACCCUCACAUUGUGGUCAUGCUGGUGGGGAACAAGAGAGACCUGGACACUCUCAGGACCGUGCCCAUGGAGGAGGCCAAGGACUUUGCAGAGAAGAAAGGUCUCAUGUAUAUGGAAACAUCUGCGUUGGACUCCACCAAUGUCGAAGCUGCUUUCAAUGAAGUCCUUACUGCAAUCCACACAAAGGUGGCGAGCAGAGAGGUGACCCGUGGCUCCAUCAGUGCUGUGACCCUGUCCAACCCCAUCGGACCGACCAGCGAGGCACAGGAGGGGCGCGGAGGCUGCUGCAAGAGCGCCUGACGGAGUGCAGCACCCCGUUUAUGCCCAGCGUGGCCACGUUUAGGCCCGCCGUGGCCACGCUGGAGCAACAUCACGCUCGAUUGUCGUUCAAGCUCAUGCAUGAGCUCACUUACACACAAUUUGAUGAGUGAGGUACCUGCUUGAUACUUGAGAAGUCGGCGUAAGAAAAAACCCUCUGGACAGUAUAUAGCUCAAAAACAUUACAAAUCCCUAUUUUUUAAAAUACACUUUAUUUCUUAUGGUGGCUAUCUGGGUGCUUCUACUGUCGAUCUGAUCCAAGGAGUUGUAAAGUUUUGUUGCUUUUAUACAGGAAUGCACUGGGAAUUAUUUGCAAUAAAUUAUUUAUGUUA